AUGUCAUAUUACCUUGCAAUCGUGGGCACUGAAGACAACCCCAUUUACACACAAGAGUUCGGCACAUACCGCCAAGGAGGUGAUGGGAACUCCCGAUUCUCGCCCGAAAUGAAGGAGCUGGCACCAUUUAUUCUACACGCAGCUAUUGACAUGGUGGAGCAGACCGCAUCUAGGACCAACCAGCUGUACCUGCGAACAGUCGACAACUUCUACAGUCAUCUGGUGUCUGCCUUCGUGACCGCCGGAGAUAUCAAAAUCAUGUUGCUGCAUGAGACCAGAAAUGAGGAGUCGAUACGUCAGUUCUUUCAGGAGGUCCACGACCUCUACGUCAAGACCUUAUUGUCGCCAUUCUACUUUGUAAACCAGCCCAUCACCAGCCCAGUGUUCGACCAGCGAAUCAAGAGCUUGGCCAAGAAGUAUCUGUAG